GCUCGUUGCGGAACGUCGACUCUGCGCGUCGCGUGGAGUUUGGAAAAAAAACACCGUGCUCGGUGACAAGAAGAGAAGAAAAGAGGAAAGGAGAGAGAGAGAGACGCCAGCCAAUCGCGCGCAAGGGAACCGUUAGAAGUUUCCGUUGUGUGUGCGCGUUUGAACGAUCUAGUGCACAUUUGUCAUCUGCGAAGAACCACUCCCGGUUGUUCCCGGUUGUGUUGUUGUGUCCGUCGUCGCAUCUUUCCUCUCGUUGGAGCAACAAGCAAAGCAACAUGGCUGUUAACGUCUACGCCACGAAUAUGACAUCCGACAAUCUCAGUCGUCAUGAUAUGCUAGCGUGGGUUAACGACUGUCUCCAAUCUUCGUUCACCAAAAUCGAGGAGCUGUGCACUGGAGCGGUUUACUGUCAAUUCAUGGACAUGCUCUUUCCAGGCAGUGUACCUUUGAAAAGAGUCAAAUUCAAGACCAAUCUGGAGCACGAAUACAUACAGAAUUUCAAAAUUCUUCAAGGUGGCUUCAAAAAGAUGAAUGUGGAUAAGAUUGUGCCAAUUGAUAGGCUGGUGAAAGGCAGAUUCCAAGACAAUUUUGAGUUUUUGCAAUGGUUCAAGAAGUUCUUUGAUGCAAACUACUCAGGAGCAGAUUACGAUGCGCUUGCUAUGCGUGGCGGAGAGCCUAUGGGUAGUGGCGGAAAUAAUGCACCUCGUGGUGGUUCUAAUGUGAAACGUGCUUCUCCACGUGAAACAAUAAAUUUGGCUAAGCCUGCUCCUCGUACUACUGGUGAGGGACAUCCAUCUUCCAUGCGUGCAGAUAGUACAAACAUUUUAGUAAAUAAAGUUCAACAACAGUAUCGUGCGCCACCUAAAAACACAGUAGUCGGCAGUCGUGGUGAUACUGGAAAGGUUGAAGAACUUAGUGCACAGUUGGUCGAGUUGAAGAUGUCAGUCGAAGGUCUAGAAAAGGAGAGAGAUUUCUAUUUUGGAAAACUACGUGACAUUGAAGUUAUGUGUCAAGAUUGCGAUAACGGCGGCGAUCCUCCACCUAUUGUACAAAAAAUUUUAGAGGUUCUUUACGCAACCGAGGACGGUUUUGCGCCACCCGAGGAAUUGGAAGGAGACGGGCUUGCGCCCGAUGAUGAAGAGGAAUAUUAACCCUUUUUAUUUACGGAUGUGUAAUCGAAAUGAAUAACAGCAAAUUAUCCAAGUGCGUUUCGGUUUAUUAUGCCUGUGAACCAAUAUACAUAAUUAUUAAGCUACUUUACAUCAGUAAACUCGGCAGUUUUAGCGGAUUGUGUGUGUGCAUUCGUUUCACAAAUAAAAUUCACCGAAAUCAUAAGAUUAGCACGACAUUAGGAUAGACAUAAGUCGAGUAGUGCACUUGAAUAACUUGUUCUGACUGUUGAGAGGAUAAGAGAAAGAGAGGAUAAUUACAGAAAGAAAAUCAAUUAAUAAUCUUUCAACAAAUUAUUACAUUUCCUUAUAGCAUUACGAUGUGGUAGAGUUCCGAAGAUCGAUCAAUGAUUCUCGAAUUUCCGCUAAUUUAUGGGGAAUAUCUAAUGUUAUUCUGCAUCCGUUACGUAGUGACUUACGUUAAUUACACUUUUUUUAAUGCGUGUUUUGUUUGUAAAUGUAUUAAGUUUGUAUCGAGAUAACGAGUCGCGCGAAGCUCUCGUCCCACCUCCAUCCCCAUAGUUUUGUCUUUUAAAAUAUAUUUGUAGUUAUCUAUAAUAAUGUUAAUGCCCCGAAAAACUCAGCCCAGAGCUAUUCAAUCUUCGUUCGACUUGUUUUCUUUGUGCGGUGUGCUCUCUAAUGUGGCUGAUGCACUCAGCGAUUUUUGCGCUGAGCAGUAGACUUUUAUUCUGUCGGUGGAAAUAAAAACUCUUGGAUAUAUAUAAAUCAUGUUAGAGAUUAAAAUUCAAUUUCACUUUAUCGACAUACUUAUUUCUACAUCUUGUCAACACACAGAAGCUACCGUAUAAUAUAUUGGUAGAGACAUAAAAAUUAUGUACUUUGGUUUCGCUAAAUGAAACUGUGCGCUACUAAAUUGUAAAAAUUUGAAAGUUUUUUUUAUAAUUAAAGUUAGAAUUCAUAUUGAAAGAUAUUCAUCUAUUGAAACGUUUAAUCCCGUAUAAAUCAAUUUUAUAAAAAAAAUUAAAAAAUGAUCAUGUAUGCAUCUCCAUGACAGUCUAUCGAGAUGUGAAGAAUGGCCUUAAAAAAUGCGGUGGACUCAUCGAGAUUCCGAUAAAAUAUUCUGAAUCGUACAAAGCGUUUCUUCAAUAAAAAUAUCAUCUAUUUCAAAGUAUCACCAAUUAAAUGAUGCUGCUGUAUUUCAUUUUCAUAAAAAAAAAAAUUAAAAUACGAUUCAAGAGCAGACGCGAGUGAGAGGGAAAAACGAGCGAAAGGAUUAUGGUAUGUAGAUUUUUGCGCGAAUGCUUGUCUUUUUAGCAUGUGUGUAUGCGUGUGUGUGCGCGCGCGCGCUUUCGAUAUUAUUGAUUUCGAUUGUCAAGAUCGAGAUUGAUCGCGUAAGAAUCAGAUUAAUUUCAAAAGAGCGAUCGCAUUGUGAAUAAUAAUUGUCUGAUUAGGAUGUAAUUCGCACUACGUACUACUAAGUCUUUACUAAGUUCUAGCGAGAAGAAGGGAUACAGUUUUUGGCUUGCGCUCUGUUCAUCGCUCUGUACGUGCGCAUAUGUGCUUCGAAAUUUGAAAUUUUAAUGCCGAUGUAAUAAACGUUUAAUAAAAUCGAUCCGAGAAAGGAAGAACUCGA